AUGGAGGUCCACGACCUCUUUCCGGAAACCAGAGUCAAAUCUGUUUCUGGUCCUUCGUGUGCCAAGCAAUCUUCCCCUCUUCAAGCUCCUUCCAAUUCGGGAACGAAGCCCCAAAAUUCCAAAUCUUUUGCUCAGAUUCUAAAAGGUGUUUGCAACAUUCCUCUAUCACAACUUCCAAAUCCGGUCAUAAAAGGUGACCGUCCCUCCAUUACUAUCCCCGAGGAAGAAUAUGAAGCUGGUAUUGCAGAAUGUAAAAACAACCUCCAUGGCAGAGUCCUCUGGCCAAAGGGUUCGACUCCGCUAACAGUGCUUGCUCUCAAAGAAAAGUUAUCUCUUCUCUGGCCGGAUGUACAGAACUGGGGAGUGCUGUCUUUGGGUAAAGGCUACUACGAAUUUACUUUUGCUAACACCGAAGACAUGAGAAGGGUUCGUGCCUCUGGGGCCAUCAGCUUACACCCUGGGUCGCUAAAGCUUUUUGCUUGGACCAAAGAUUUCAAUCCGUCUCUGCAGAGCAACACUUCGGCACAGGUUUGGGUCAGGUUCUUUGGGCUAUCGCAGGAGUAUUGGAGACCGAGAAUUCUUUUCGCUAUUGCCAGCUGUGUAGGUACACCCAUUUGCAUCGAUGCAGCGUCCUCCAAAUCGAGAAUGGAUCGUACUUUUGGUCAAUAUGUUCGUGUUCUCAUAGACAUGGAUCUCACAAAGCCUCUGAACCACAACGUACUAGUAGAACGGACAGGUUUCGCUUUUUUUGCUGAUAUUGAGUACGAAAAUCUCCCUCAUUUUUGUGAGCACUGCAGAAAGAUAGGUCAUGCUAUGCACGACUGCAAGAUGCUACAGAAACAUGUCGCUCCUCAGGUUCCUAAGGCAAAGGCUACUUAUGUUCAGAAAACUCAGGCUACUGAGGCGGUGGCCGUUGUGAGCAACACUGCUGAUGAGGAGGUGAUGCCACAUGAUGGUACUCUGGUUACUCCCGUGGCUCCUAUUCUGGUAACAAACCCAUUGAAUUUCAUUUCUCAACCACCUGGUGAUUCAGAAACACAACUUUCAGAGUUUGUAGGUCCUACCCAAAUAGAUGUGGAUAGAGGGAAAGCUGUUCAGAAAGAGAAUGCUAUUUUACUCCAUAAUUCUUGGGCUGAUAUUGCUGACCUUGAGGAAGAACGAGUGCUCAAUGACGGGGCUUUUACAAACGCGGUUUCCAUCCUAAAGAAGAAACAAGCAGCCAGAAAUAAAUCGAAAUCCCUUUCAAGGUCUCAAGCAGGACCAGUCCUGUCUUUCCCAUGA